AUGAAGAAUUAUUACAUAUUAUAUGUGGACAAGUCAGGCCUACCUGGGAAGUUUAAAGCCUGGGUCUACCAACAUGGCAUUCUUCCCAGGAUCCUGUGGCCCCUCCUUGUCUAUGCGGUUCCUAUCUCAACAGUUGAGACCUUGGAGAGGAAAGUCAGCAAACACCUCCGGAGAUGGCUUGGAUUACCAAGGAGCCUGAGCAGCAUUGCACUCUACGGGAACACCAACAAACUGCCACUGCCUUUCAAAUCCUUGGAGGAGGAAUUCAAGGUAACUAGAGCCAGAGAAGUGGUUCAGUACAGGGAUUCAAGUGAUCCGAAGGUGGCUAAAGCAGGGAUCCAAGUGAGGACUGGCAGGAAAUGGAGGGCAGUGGAUGCGGUUCAAGAGGCAGAUGCAAGGCUGCGUCACAGGAGCCUGGUGGGAGUGGUCACACGAAGUCGAGCAGGGCUAGGAUCCUUUCCAACUCCCCAAAUGAACACCAGGGGGAAGGAAAGGCGACGACUUGUUCAGGAGGAGGUGAGAGCAGCAGUGGAGGAGACGAGAACCUGCAAGGCAGUGGGAAUGAAGCAACAGGGAGCUUGGACGAGGUGGGAGAAUGCGGUUGAAAGGAAAGUGACCUGGGCUGAGCUUUGGAAAGCCGAGCCUCACCGCAUCAAAUUCCUCAUCCAGGCAGUGUAUGACGUGCUUCCAAGCCCGUCAAAUCUGCACAUAUGGGGCAUAGCAGAUACACCAGCAUGCCCACUGUGUUCCAAGCGAGGAACCCUGGAACACAUCCUCAGUUGCUGUACAAGGGCACUUGGAGAUGGUCGGUACAGCUGA